UGUCGUCAGCCGGAGAGCGCCCUGGAUGGGGCGGGCGGUUUCUGCCGCCUCUGCCACCACCUCUGCUGCCUCAGAACCUGCCGUUGCCGCCGCCGCUGCCGUCCCCGCUGCCACCGCUUCCUCCUCCCCCGCCGCCGCCGCCCCCUCCUCCUGCCCCUCGGCCACCUCUACACGACCCAGGCCCUCUGUCCUUGAGAGGAAUCCGUAUUCAGUCUCCUUCGCGGGCACGGGGCGCAGCUAUGGCGGACGGCGGGGGCGGAGGGGGCACCGGCGCGGUGGGCGGCGGCGGCGCCGGCCAGGCCUCGGCGGGGGCGACGACAGGCGCGACGGGGGCCGGUGGGAGCGGCGGCCCCAUCAACCCGGCCUCACUGCCUCCCGGCGACCCGCAGCUCAUCGCGCUCAUCGUGGAGCAGCUCAAGAGCCGGGGGCUGUUUGACAGCUUCCGCCGGGACUGCCUGGCCGACGUGGACACCAAGUGCAUCCAAAAUAUAAACAAACAGAACAAACUGAUAGGUGAAGAAGAGAGAGAGAUGGCGAUACCAGCUUACCAAAACCUGAGGCAGAAAGUGGAUAAUUUUGUGUCAACACAUCUGGACAAGCAGGAGUGGAAUCCUACGAUGAACAAAAACCAAUUGCGAAAUGGUCUGAGGCAGAGUGUGGUUCAGUCAGGGAUGUUGGAAGCUGGAGUGGACAGAAUUAUUUCCCAGGUGGUGGAUCCCAAACUAAACCACAUCUUCAGGCCACAGAUAGAACGAGCAAUUCAUGAGUUCCUGGCGGCCCAGAAAAAAGAAGCUGUGCCAGCACCCCCUCCAGAGCCUGAAAGCCAGGACCCUCCAGCUCCAUCCCAGGAUGCUUCCUAAGAAUAUGCCUGACACGUUUUGGAAGCUCCAUUGAAUUAAUGGUGAAGAACUGGAUUCAGUUACAUAAGAGUACAACUUCAGAGUGAAGACCGGCCAAGGUCAUCACUGACUUCACAAUUCAACGUUGACUUUGGGGCGGUGUCCAGACAAAGUAGGGAGCCAGUGGGCCAGUAGGAGAGUUGACCAUGUGGGCCCCACGUCGUGCUGCCCUCUGGCCAGCCUGUCCAAGGGGUGACACCCAGUAGACACUACAGAUAAAUUAAGAAACACUACAUCAACUUGGGGUUGUCCUGAAACAAACCUUUGUACUUGAACUUAGAGACUGUGUAUGAAUUUUAGGGUUUGUUCUUGGGGAUAAGCAAGAGCUACAAUGAAGGAACAUAACCAGUCCCAAAGAUGCAAUUUCAAAGAAUGACAGUAAAGGUUAGCCAGGGGUAGGUAUUUGACAAUGCUUAUUUGAUACUGUUUCUCAGAGUUGCAAAUAAGAGUGUACAAGCCAUUAGCAUCAGAUAGCUUUAAGGUUGUCGUGACCCUCUUGUCCAUGACUCUUUAGCCUACGUUUCCUUUCCCCUGUAAGAGGUGUCAAAACAUGGGACCCUAGAAUGCAUGAGGAAAUGUAAACUUAAGUAUAAGGAAAAACAUUUGCAGGCUCUCUAUCCAGGGCUUCUUCCUAUCCUGCAAGGGCUAGUGAGUCUUGGGUGUGUUUAUUUUAUUCUCAUGUUUGUGUUUUUUAGAAGGUGAAUAAUUAAUAAGUGGCUUAAGUUUUGUAAUUAAAUCAUUUGAUACUCUGAA